UUCCCAAAAGGAAGUUCAUAUAAAUAUACUCGUAGAUACAUGGUACGAUCAAUCGAGUCUACUUUCGAUACUGUUUCGCUGUAGCUUUUGUAGCACGUGGCGUCGAAUUUUUCCACAUUCGAGAACGUGCACACUCAGAAGAUUGAGACUCUUUUGAGUGCAUUGUUAAGAUGGCGGACGACGUUGAUUCCGAUUCUGAUGAUGAAAUUGAAUACUCAGGGAUGAUACAACCCCCUCUCAUCAAACAGUUGCAAACUAUUCUGAGUGAAUAUCCUGAUGAUGGACAAAUUCUUAAGGAAAUCAUCCAAAACGCAGAGGAUGCUGGCGCCUCGGAGAUGAAGAUUCUUUAUGAUGGCCGACCAGCAGUGCAAGAACCUUCGACAAAGAAAGCUCCUUUCAGGAAGUAUUUCAAGGGACCAGCGCUAUUGGUACACAACAAUGCAGAGUUUUCUGAAGAUGACUGGAAAGGAAUAAAGAUGUUGUACAGCAGCAUUAAAGAGUUUGACAAGACCAAGGUUGGAAGAUUUGGUCUUGGAUUCAAAUCUGUUUUUCACAUCACAGACCAUCCAGUUAUCAUAAGUGGAGACCAGCUUCUAGUAUUGGACCCACAUCAAGAUUCCUCAAAGGUCUGUCAGACCUUGAAACUGAAGAAACUUCACAAGUAUAAAAAAUUUAAUGUAGAAGAUUGUCUAAAGGCCUUCUCAGGAGUGUUUGGGUUUGAUCAAAAUACUAUAGAAAGUGGACACUUUGAGGGAACCAUAUUUAGAUUUCCUCUGCGCCAAGAGGAGACAAAACUCUCGGACAACAUUUACGACAAAUCCAAAGUGGAUGACCUGUUUAUGUCAUUCAAGGACGAGGCCCCAGUAUCAUUGCUCUUUUUGAAAUGCCUUGAAAGUAUCACUUUACUUCGAGAAGAAAGUGAAUCAAAGACAGGAUACAUAGGUGAAAAGAUUUUUUCUGUUUGCAUAGAUGAGACAACCAUUGAAGCAGUACGGUCUGCCAGAAAAGACAUGAGAUCACAGAUUCAAGGUUUAGGAAAUACCUUACCAUCAGACCCGAUAGCAAAUAGUUAUAACAUGAAAAUCUAUGUGGAAGAUGAUGCACGCAAUGCUACAUGUAGAUCUUGGAAGGUGAUGAAUUUGUUUCAAGGGGAAAACAGUAUGUCCUCAACACUGCGAAAACUCUCAAAAGAUGACUCUUUGUCUUACAGUCCCUAUGUAGGUGUAGCUAUGGAUAUGGAUUGUCCUUCAAAUUUCCAAGGCCAUGUUUUCUGCUUUUUACCACUUCCAUUAACAGAGAAAAGUCUUAGUGGAUUGCCAAUUCAUGUCAAUGGGUUUUUUGCCCUUAGUCAAAGCAGACGAUUUGUGAAAUGGCCGACUGCUGACCAGAUACGCAAUCAUACCCACACAGAUAAGUCAAUUCAGUGGAACCAAGCACUCGUUAUUGAGGUUUUAUCAGAAGUCUAUUCUAGUUUUCUGCAAGAGUUAGUCCAGGAAAGUUCAAACUAUGAAGAUUUGAGUGCCCAUGCAACAACUGUAUCACAAUGCAUUCCAAAUACAAAUGAAGUUGAUGAACACUGGAGAAUUCUUAUCCCACCUUUGGUAGAAAAGCUGAAAAAUACCAAAAUCUUUUUCACCACCAACAAAGGAGGAGAGUGGAUCUCCAAGGAUCAGGCCGUCUUUCUGAGACCAAACAAAAUUCCCUCAGGCCAUGGAGUGGAGUCAACUAUAAGAAGAAUCCUUGAAAUGUACCAUCAAAAUACUGUGGAGGUGGAUGAUCAUGUAUGGGAGACAAUGAAGCUACAAGGACACACAGAAGUUACACCAGAGUUUAUCAACAGGAUUUUGAGAACUUCAAAUGCAUACACAAGCUGCAGCAAUGAUGACAAAUUCAAUCUGAUCAGAUAUCUUCUCAAGGAUGGACAAUACAAUUCCCUUGAAGAUCUAACUCUUCUUCCCCUGCAAAAUGGCUCCUACAUCAAAUUUACUAGAAGCAACAUCAACUCCUGUGAGAUAUACAUGAUGUCACCUUCAAAAAUGAAGUUAUUUGUUGGAAUGGAAGAUAAGUUGUUGCAAACUCUACCAACUGAUGUACAGAGCAUAUUUGAAAAAAUGAUUGGAAGAGGUACAUCUCAGGUACAACAUUUACAAGAGCAAAGUUUUGUCAAUCUUCUUGAAGCAACAAUCAAGAGAAAUAUUGGUGGUGGACAAUAUCCAAUUGAGUGGAGGCUUGCGUAUUCAAAUGUUGAUUUCAACUGGCUGAGGAUGGUAUGGGAAUGCAUUGUAAAUGAUUUUACACAAAAGCUGGAGAGGUUCCAGGAUCUUCCACUUAUUCCAGAAAAGAUCAAUGUAAAUGAGUACCAAUUGCAUGCCCUGAGAGAAAACAUGUUGAUUGGACGUGUUUCGGAGAAUAUUUCAAAUUGCUUGGAUAUGCUCUCUAUCAAAGUUUUAGGAGACGUACCACGAUACAUUUCAGUGCAUCCCCAGCUGAAUCGUUUCAUUCCCCAUGUAUCAGUUUUAAAUGUUUACAGUGCCAUACAAUUAAUUGGCCAAAAGUCCAACUGGAGAGAAAUAGUCCAAUGGUUUAAUAACAAUUCUACUGCAAAUCAGAAAAACGAAUUUCUGCAUUUUCUCUGCAUGGAACGUCCAACUAUAGGUCAAAAUGUAAUUCAGAUAUUGCAGACAUUAAAAUUGUUUGCUACCCAAACAAAAUAUGUCUGCAUAAGAGAAAAUGGGAAUUUGUUGACAAAGAAAUUACCCAUGUCAUAUCCCACUGAAGUCAUUCAAACUUUAGACAGAGACAUUAUUUAUUUUGCAGAGAAACUUGGUGCCCACAAAUUGCAGGAUUCUGAUAUAUUCUCAAAUAUUCUUACAUCUGUUUUAAGUGGAUAUACCUACAACGAACAGCAAGUGCGGAAUAUAAUGAAGUAUAUCAUGGAAAAUAAAAUUUAUGAACUGAAUUAUAACCUGCGUCAGCUUGUUAAAAAGGUGCCUUUUGUUACAACCAACACCAAAGACCGAAGGACAGUUGAAGAAUUAUUUGAUCCAGAGGAUGAAUUGCUUCAAAAUUUGAUAUCAGAUCCGUCCCAAUUUCCAUCUUCAAACAUCCAGCGAAGGGAAAUUAAGGUCUUAAGAGAACUUGGACUAAAAUCUCGAAAAUGUGUGACCACAACAGACAUUUAUAAUGCUGCCAAGCUAGUACACGAAAAUAGUGUUAGACACAACGCCUCUGCUGAGGUUAAAGUAAAACAAACUGCUCUUUUCACAAUUUUAGAAGAAAGGGAAGAACUGUUACAGCAGACUAUACCAAUAUUAGAUGGUGCAUAUCUAAAAUCCGCGUUAAGUGAUUUGGAAAUUGUUCAGCCCCUUCAAACCCCAACAUCACUUAUACCAAAUUUGUCGUGGUACAGAUGUAACCAUGCAUUUUGCAAGCCUUCUGAAGUAUACAAUGGUAAAUAUGGGGAUCUGAUUGGAUAUGUUGCUCCUGUUAUUUCACCAGAUACAUCUCCCAAACUGAUACAACAUUUUGGAUGGAACAGAAAACCUGAUUUGAAAAUGGUUUUGCAACAACAUUCAUUAUAUGUUGAUAACUACCAAGAAGAAUACAAGUCGGAGUACCUUCUUCCUAUUAAACGGCUUUAUACUUAUCUAUCUGAGUUUUGUGCAUCUUCAAUGUAUGUUAACAUUAGUGUAGACAAAAUGUGGAUGGGAGAAGGUUUUGUUGAGCCAAAUCAAAUCUGUAUUAACCAAAGUUCAGAUGACAUUGAAAUUAAACCCUACCUAGUGCCAUUACCCAAAGAAUUUCAAACAAAUGGGAUGAAAUGUUUAGCAGAGCAUCUUGGCUGCAGAAAACAACAAACAACAGAGUGCCUUAUUUUUAUCUUACACUCCUUGAAAUGUAAAUACGAGACAUAUGAUGCAUCGAGUAACUGCAUUCUGCUUGACAUGGAUAUUAUAAUCAGAAUCCUUAACAAAUUGAAAAAUGUACCUGGGAUUGAGGGCAUGGAUGUACCAAUACCCAUUCAUUCAGCAGAUAAAUCAAAACUGGAGUUUCGAGCAGCAAAGGAAUGUAACUACUGUAAUGCCGAAUGGUUGAAGGAGUUGGCAGAAGAGGAUGGUGAAUCGAUGUUUUUUGUUCACAAAGAUGUUUCGUCGGACACUGCAGCGAAAUUGGGUGUUCCUUCUCUGACAGAAAAUUUACUCUCAGAGACAGAAGGAAUUCAGGAAUGGGGACAAAAAGAACCAUUGACGAGGCGCAUUAAAAAUCUGCUAAAAGACUAUAAAGAUGGAUUUGUUGUACCAAAAGAACUAGUUCAAAAUGCAGAUGAUGCAAAGGCCACUAAGGUUUGCUUUUUAUAUGAUGAAAGAGAAAACAUGGAUUGUCGCACACGACUUAUUGAUGAGAAUAUGGUUUCUUGCCAGGGACCAGCACUCUGGGCUUUCAAUGAUGCCUUGUUUUCUCAAAAAGAUUUAGAGAACAUAACAAAGUUGAGUGGUGCAACAAAAGCAGACGAUUUGACUAAAGUUGGAAAGUUUGGUCUUGGAUUUUGCUCUGUAUACAACUUGACAGAUGUUCCUAGUUUCAUAACUGGUUCAAAUAUGGUGAUAUUUGACCCUCAUGCAAAAUACAUUGGAAAGGCUGUAAAGAAAAAUAACCCAGGGUUAAAAAUAGACCUCACUGCCACAAAAAAUAAGAUACUACUUAGACGGAUGAAGAACCAGUUUAUGCCAUUCAAUGGAUUAUUUGGAUGCAAUCUAAAUACAGAAGAUCCUACAUUUAAUGGAACUCUCUUUCGUCUUCCAUUUAGAACAAAGGAACAAGCUGUCAACAGUGAAAUCAGUGAUAAAGCAUACAAUGAACAAGAAAUUGAAAGUAUGAUUCAAUUGUUUGUGGAAAAUGCUGGAAACUUACUUUUAUUUACUCAGCAUGUAAGAGAAAUUGAAUUCUAUCAUCUCCCAAAGACGAGUUGUGCAAAUUACCCAGUUCUUUUGCACAGAGUGUGUCGGAAAGAAAAUUCCUCAGAAGAUGCCCACAUAUUGAGUACGUUUGGGUUAUCUAUGAAAAAUUGUCAACGGGAUUUGCCUCAACAGGUUUUGCAGACAUCAGUUGUAACUAUUGCGACAGAAUUGACUCAGCAGUGUCGUAGAUUUUGCAACUCAGUUAGUGAAAAUUCAGAAGCAAAGUGGUUUAUAUCAUGGGCAUCUGGAACCAAAAAGAGCUUAAAUAUGGGGAAGACUAUGUCUCAUAUGGGAGCUUUACCUUUGGCAAGCACAGCAAUGUAUCUAAAAGACGAUGAUGGAGUUCUAAAGUUUUCAUCUUUAAAAGAUACCCCAACAGGAUUUUACAAGGAUAGUCACAUUUUUUGUUAUUUACCAUUACCAGUUAAAUCCCCGCUUCCUGUACAUGUAAAUGGAUCAUUUGCUGUAUCGUCGAAUCGUAGGCAACUUUCUUCAAGAACCACUGAUGACAAAAAUGAUUUUGAGAAUGAUUGGAACAAAGCUCUUCUUGCUGAUGCCGUGGUCAACGCAUACAUCAAUUUGAUAGAAAAUAUUGGUGACAAUAACAUUAUAUGUGAACAAUACCAGGAUUUGUGGCCAAUUCUGAACCAAAAUGCCCACAAUGAAUUGUAUGGUGCCUUUUAUGAAAUGUUUUAUAGCUCGGUUAUUGAACGAGACAGCAGAGUAUUCUGUGGAAACCAAAAAUGGCUGCCAUUAAGCCAAUGUAUUUUCUUGGAUCCAGAUUUACAAAGGUCGGAAAUAGGAGAAAUAGCUUCAGCGGCAACAAUCAAUUAUAGAGAAAAUGACCAAGUUUCCUUGAUUUUCCUUGAACAAAAGAUAGUUGAUGGAUAUACGAAAGUUUGUGGAACACUGCCAGACAAAAUUAAGUCCAAUAUCAUUACCCUAGAAAAUUUCUAUUUGGACAUAUUUUUAGAAAACAUUAAUGAUGAAUUUUGGUCAUUAGAUAAAAUCAAAGCGCUGGUCGGUUUUGCAUUAGACAAGAACAAUAAAAAGAUUUGUUUAAAAAUGAAAGAAAUGAAAUGUAUCCCAACUUCUCCAAAGGGAACAUUGAAAAUGCCAAAAGAACUCGUCAAACGAGGAGAAAAAGUAGCAGCCUUAUUUAAUGAAGAAGAUGAAAGAUUUCCAGCUGAAGAAUUUAAAAAUUAUCGAAGACAAUCGGUGCUCCAGUCGAUGGGAAUGAUGACAAAUGAAAUCUCUGAAAAACUUUUAAUUGAACAAAUCGAAUCAAUCGUCAUUGUCGCAAACAGUUGCUCAAAGUGUAGCAUCGAGAAAUGUACAUGCAUUUUAACAUACAUUCAGCAAAGCAAAGAACUGACACCAGAUGCAGCUGAUCAAAUUAAAAAUAUAUCAUUUCUUCCAACAUUGCAAAAACCAAAAGACUGGUUAUUUCCGUGGUUUCGUGAUGAAAUCAAUGACAGUACAUUUUCUACAACAUGUUCAGAACACAGCAAAGAAAAAAGUACGUGCAUUCUUGCUAAACCAGCUGAUCUUUACAUGGAAAAUUGUAUCAACUUAGUAGGAUGUCAGCAGCGUAUUAUUGAUUUGUCUUCUUUCAAGAUUUCUUUGUAUCCAAAAAAUGAUCUUAGACGAAUAGGUGUCAACUAUGUUGACCAGGUAUCAUCUUCAACAGUAGUUCAACAGUUGACAAAUUUAUGUCAAAAUGUGGAUCUCACAUUACUUACGGAUGAUUCCAGACUAUUGCUUGGAAAUGUAUGCACAGAAAUAUACAAAUAUUUAGACAGAGCAUGCAAAGAUGAUCUCUUACCAGAUAUUGCGUGUUUGAAAGAUACACCUUGUUUAUUCAUCAACGAAACUUUUGUAAAGCCAAACCAAACAGCUUUUACAAUUCCUGUAAAGUGCAGCCCAAUGUUGUAUGAAAUAGAUCGAAUACCAUGGAGGAGAUAUGAUACCUUUUUCAAUAUAAUUGGUGUGAAAAAAACAUUUGAAGAAGAAGAUGUUGUACAAGUAUUAACGAAAAUGUCAGACAUACACAAAGGGGUGUUGGAUGACACCUCGCUGGAUCUUGCUUGCAAUUUAGUUAAGUUACUUGCCAGUGUAGUCAAAGAGCCUGUGAAUCGAGAAAAGUUCCAAGAAAUUCGCAUACCAGAUGAAAAUAAAGAACUGAGUCCGAUUCGUAUGCUAUGCCUGGAUGACAGCACAUUGUUACGAAAGGGAAAAUCAUUGAAAUUCAUAAACCAGAAAUUAAGUGAAGCUGAUGCUAGAACUCUUGGAGUACAGUCAAGAAUAAGUGGGUCACUUAUGCAAAAUUAUGUCAAACAGUUAAGACCAUUUGGACAAAAAGAAGAACUAUCCGACAGAAUCAAAAGAAUUCUUCAACAGUAUCCAUUAAAUGAAUCUGUUCUAAAAGAAAUGCUACAGAAUGCGGAUGAUGCUAAAGCCAGUGAGGUCAUGUUUAUCACAGACUUUAACACAUAUUCGACUGAAAAAACCUUCGAUUCAACAUGGCAUCCUCUUCAAGGGCCAGCUCUUUUAGUCUACAACAAUAGUCACUUCACUGAUGAGGAUAUUGCAGGAAUUCAGCAUUUAGGACGAGGAUCAAAAGGUGAUGAUCCAACUAAAACAGGACAAUAUGGUGUUGGAUUCAAUGCUGUUUACCACAUAACAGAUGUGCCCUCUUUUCUCUCAAAAUCACCAAAUGGAGACAAAGAUACGCUCUGCGUUAUGGACCCAAAUUGCAAAUACGCUCCUGGUGCAAAUGAAAGCUCACCAGGAGCUCAAUUUAAUGGAUUGAAUGACUUACGCAAAUCUUUUCCUGAUGCAUUCAGUUGUUACCAUGAGAACAUUUUGCUUCAAUCCCAAGGAACAGUGUUUCGAUUGCCGCUCCGCACCAAGACUUUUGCAGAUCAAUCUGAAAUUUCCAAUAAAGUAGUAACAGAACAAACUUUAAAGAAUAUGUUACAGGAUCUUAAAUUAGAGAUGACAAAGUCAUUAUUAUUCCUUCGAAACGUAAGAAAAAUUAAGAUAGCAAGCAUAGAAAAUGGAAAGCUUUUAGAAGAAACUUUUGCUGAACUAGUAAUUUCAGAUGAACAUCAGCAAGAAAAAUCGUCAUUUGAUGAAUAUGUGGUAGAGAAGGCUGAACAAUUUCAGAAAAAGAAAGAAAUUUUCAACACAGAGCAAAAAGAAGUACAGUAUAAAGUAACUUUAAAAAGAAAAUUGGAGCAAGAUAGUCACUGGUUCAUUAUUCAAACGUUUGGUUUCAAAAGUCAGACUGAUAUUCCAGGUUCAGUUAAGGAUGCUUUGGAUGACAAUAAUUUAGGACUUCUACCCCAAGGAGGAGUUGCAAUGCCUUUGGAUACCUGUGCAUUAAAAGCAUCAGCAUUUUGUUUUUUACCUUUACCUUGUGAAACUGGAUUAACUAUGCAUGUCAAUGGUCAUUUUUCCCUCGAUAAUGAAACUCGAAGAGGACUGUGGAAGGACGACAAGAAAGAAUACCGCACACAGUGGAACAAUCUGUUGCUGUGUCAUGUCAUUGCACCAAUAUAUGCAAAAGCACUGGAAGCGUUGCAGAAGGCUCUUGGUUUAGAUUCAACAAAGAGAGGUGCGAAAUAUACAAUGAUGGAUAAAAUCAAGCAAUUUCAUACUUUUUUUCCUACGAUUGCGGAUGCAAGUGAUCAUUACUGGAAAGAAUUUGUUGAGGCUGUCUACAUUAAUAUUGCUGAGAAACAAAUGAAGGUGUUUUUGUCAUAUCGUUUUAUUGACGGAAAUCAAAUAGAGGUUUUGUGUUAUUCUCUUAAUGAAGCAUAUGGUAAUGUUCUUUUUCAAGAGAAGUCAGAAAUUAAGGAACAAGAGAAAAUAAUAACAAUAUCAAAAGAUCUAGGAGCAAAAGUAGUAGACACCCCAUCAUCAGUAUGUUAUAGUAUUGAAAAAGCAGGAAUAAAAAUUACCAAGUUCAGUCCGGAAAGUUUGAUCAGCUAUUUGAAAUCCCCAUCAUGUCACAUCAAAUCCCUGAUUGAAAAUGGACAGCUAGAGUUGGAAAUGUCACCUCUGAAAACAUGUGAUAAUGUGUAUACAUGUAUUGAAUAUUGUAUGAAAAGUGACAACUUUAGCAGUGAUGUAGAUGGACUUCCACUGUGUUUACUCGAAACAGGAAAUAUUGUUAACUUUAGUUUACAUUCACCGGUUUUGUUGACUUCAUUUUCAGACUUGAUACCAAGUUCAAAACAAAUGUUAUUGCAUCCUGAUCUUCACACACUCCUUCAAGACAAAGAAAUUGGAUGUAUUGAAAAGUUGAGCAUUGAAAGGUUGGUACAACUUUUACCCUAUGACAUCAACUAUGACUCAUAUCGUCAUAACAUUUGUAAGUGGACACCAAGUCAGUCUGAUAUUCCAAAUGAAUCUUGGCUUAAAACAUUAUGGAUUUUCCUACGGAAUGAAAUUGGAGAUGUCCAAGAUCAAAUUGAAAUAAAGCGUAUCCUUCAUCCUAUACUGCCAUGGAAUGUAAUUCCAACCACCAAAUUAUUUCUUAACGAUGUGCAAAAUGAGUUGCAUCCAUUGGAGAAAGCCAACCAUGUUAUAGAUUUGUCUACAUUUCAACCUCCAUUGAAAUUAUCUUUGAUGAAAUUUAACCUGCCUGUCUUAGAUAACGACUCGCUGCCUACAAACCAUCCACUGCGUUGUCUUACUGCAGCGUUGGAUCGAUUUCAUGAUGUAUUAGAAUGCUUGUUUGUUCAUAGACAAUUAAUUGACGACAAUGAGCAAAUAAAUAUUGACGACUGUGACACUAUUCUAGAGUACUUUGCUGGUGGACUGAAACAGCUCCUGGAAAUGCCUAAUGGACAAGUCUAUCUUGCCAUGCUAAGACAAUUGCCACUUUUUAUGACAAUAUAUGGACAGAAAAUUACCUUGGAAGAAAACCGACACAUUUUAGCACUUCCCGUAGGACUCCCCGCAGAUGGAAUGAAAGUUUGGGCCGAAAAAACUGGCAAAAUAUUAUUGCAUCAGAAUGAAAGAUUGAAAUGCAUUUUUGAACGUUUUGGUGUUACCAAACAAAGCAUAUGUGAGGUGUAUGUAGAGCUUAUUCUUCCUUCUUUUCACAAAAUACCCGAAGAGAAAAGAAUGAUACAUAUAAAGUACAUAAGAGAUACUUUACUGAGGCACUCUUUGGAAUAUGAAAGUGAGCAGAAACGCCUCAUCAAUGUCUUGAAAAAGGUACCAUUCAUACGACAGAGUGAUGGAAGUUACAAAUUAGCAUCGUGUUAUUUAAGUCCAUUCAAUAGCUUUAUGACAGUUAUGUGUGAAGACCAGUCUCGAUUUCCUCCAGAACCAUUUUGUUCAUGGGAUUGGAAAACAUUCAUGACAUUGGUUGGCAUGCAGACAGAAGUAACGGCUGAUUUAUUUUUGGAGUUUGCAUUACAACAACAGUCCGACGGACGACACGGUUUGUCAGAUGAUCUUAAGGAGAAGUCGAAAUGUCUCGUUCGUUAUUUGCUACAAUCACCACAACUUCACUCCUCAGAUUUUCUUCAACAAGUUAGCAAAAUAAAAUUCAUCGUUCCUUGUGAAAUAAAAUCUGCUUACACCGACAUUUGCCCUCAUCCAACGAAUGAAACCAACUAUUUGAUAGCAUUCAAUGGUUCAAUUCAUAGCUGUUAUCUUGUAACAGCAUGGACUCAGCACAGAGUUCUACCAUAUUGGGUCAAUCACAUUGAUAGUGAUUUGAAAUUAUCAAAACUUGGAGUUAAGGAGCCAUCAGCAGAAAGUAUUAUAACUCAUAUACAAACAGUUUGUCGUCGGUUAGGAGAGUUAUCGGAAAAGAGUCUUCAGAAAAUCGGUGUUGAUCAGAUAUCCCAAAUUAUGGAAAAGUUUUAUGAGUAUGCAAGUGAUGAAAAAAUGACAAUGAAAAUUCAAGCAUUUCAAAAUAUACCUUUUGUAUUCUUGUCAGAUUUUCCGCGAUUAUUUCCAUGUACGAGAUUUGUUCUUCAGCUGGAAGAGGAAUAUAAAAUGACACCAUAUUUGAUGCCUGUUCCGGAUAAACUGUUCGGUUUCUUUAAACUAUUUGAACAUUUGGGAGCCACCAGAAAAGUUUCACCAAAGACCUUUGCUAACGUUUUGAAGCAAAUUCAUUCAAACAAUGACGAAUUGGACCCAAACGAACUGAAGGCUGCUCAAAAGGCAAUGAAAUUAUUUUUUCAGAGUCUAGAUCUGUCUCCUGAAAAUAUCCUAGGUGAUGAUGAUCUGUUCUUCUUAUCAAGAAGCAGAAAAAUAGUUCAUGCUGCAUCAUUAGUGUAUAUGGACGAGAAAUUUCUUAAUGAUGUUAUUAAGGACGCAGAAAAUUAUUUUCAGGUAAUGUCACCAAUUGAAGACUUGGACAAUGAAGCCAUUAUGAAUGGAAUAAAACGUCUCCCUGAGAGAGUUAGACCGAUGUUUAUUUCUGAUGUUGUUAAGAAAGACAUUGAUUUAUCCGAAGAUAAAAUCGUUGAAAAUGAUGUUUCAAGAGAAAUAAAUGAUUUUUUUAAAAGCAAUGAAUUUGUGAAUGGAGUUUUAAGGUUGGUUUACUUGGAAAAAUCAAAGAAAACGGAAAAAUAUCCAUCAGAUGAAGAAAUCUUAAUCAUCAAGGAGAAUUUACGUACAAUAUGUUUUGUGUUUAUUUGUGAAAUGAAAGAAAUCUAUAGUUUCCAAGGUAGAGAUAUAUUAAGAAGACCAUGUACGGUAUAUUUCGAUUGCAAGGAAGAAAACAAACAUUGCAAGUGUACAAUAUACUCGCAUCUCAGAGACGAGAAUGAUGUAGAAAAGGUUAUAUCUAAUAAUCUACACAAGAUUUCCCGUGCAAUAAGGAAGUGUACAAAGUGCAGUUUUUAUCACACAAGUGAUUAUCUACAUAUGAUCUGUAGUAGAUUAAACAGAAGGUCUAACAUUGAAACUUUCCUAGAUGAACAAUAUGUUCCUUGCUUAAACACCAAACAUAAGGAAAACUCUAAUCAGUUACCCAAACCCGGAGACAUUCUGGAAAUUCGGUGGCAUGGAAUAUUAGACAAUGCAUUUAUAUCUUUUGAACCUGGUGAAUAUGUGGCAUAUAUUUCUGGAAUGAAUGAUCGAGGAGAUGUUGAGUAUAGAUAUGCCAUUAUUCAGGAAAAGUUACCCUGUCCCGCGGAUGCAAACGUUCUGUCACUUUUGCAAGGUUAUCUUGUUGAAUAUAGACCACGCCAAGUUCGAGAAAUGAAAGUGUAUGAACUGUACAAAUUCAACAGGUCAAAAGACCCACAGAAUGAAAAUGAUUUUGAGGAAUUCCAAGUUCAAAUUUUCCAUAGACCAGCGGGUACAGAAAAUUUAAACUCGGGUCCUAUGGAUGGAGAUACUAGAACAUUAGAAGAAAUAUUCAGAGAAAUCAGAGAGCAUUUAAAACAUGCAUUUAUACUUCCUGAUGAUCAAAGAAGAACUAUAUGUCGCAGAAUUAUGUUUGAGUGGCAUCCAGAUAAAAAUCCAAAUGAUGUUCAAAGAGCGACACAGGUAUUUCAAUACAUACGCAAAAUUAUACAAAUGCUUGAAGAAGGAAAAAACGUGGAUGUAGACGAUACUGAGGAACCUACAAAUAGCAGACAUCCAUGGAGUGAAGCUUUUUUCAGAGAUUUCGAGAGAUUUUACAGCAGAAAUCAAGGAUAUGCAAGGCGCUCCCAUAGACCAAGACCAACAAGCUCACCAGGAACAGAUAGAUAUCAACGAUCUCAAGAUACCCAUCCCGAUCCACAACCUUUUACAGCAAACAGAUGGCUUGAUGAAGCAAAAUAUGACAUGCGUUUUGCUUUGCAUUCAGAAAAUACGACAGAUUCCUAUUUCAGCUGGAUUUGUUUUACAAGUUAUCAGGCAGCAGAAAAGGCCUUCACAGCAUGGCAAUACAACGAAGAUGCGAAAAAAGUAAAUCAAUCCGAUAGCCUUCCAACUCUUGCUCAAAAUUGCCCUGAAGACUUGCAACGCCUUGCUAGGGAGCUACAGAGUCUUACCCAGGGAUCUAAGAGGAUGAGAUACCCAGAGGGUGAUCGUCAACCAUCAAAGGCCUAUACCAGAGUCCAAGCAAGCAAGGCCAUUGAACUAGCCAACCAGAUUAUUGACAAAGUAGAUGAGUGUCUAGCUCAGUAAUGACUCCUUAAAAGGAGGGGAAAACAAGGCAGUGUUGUGUUAGAAUGGGAGUAGAGAGUUCUCCGAAAGUGCAGAACUGAUGUAUAGGAGACCUCUAAUAUUAUCAAAAUAUUUGUUUGAUACACUUUUGUAUGCCUUUGAUAAAUUCAAUGUAAAUUAAAAUGUUCAGUUUUAUUUUUGAUGGCUUUUUUUCGAUAUAUAAUUUUCUCAUACAUUGUUUUAUUAAAAGUUUAGUAUCUUGAAGCAGUCUUGUUAUAAAUAAGCUUUCAGCUGGCUAUAAAUCAUUAUACUGGCAAUUACUAUAGUUUAUGUGUUUAUUUUAAGUUUUGUUUUUACUGUGUGUAAAUGUAAAUGCAAAUUUAGAUUGAUUCACAUUUUGAAGUACAUGUAUGUUGCAAUUCUAAUUGUGUUUAUCAUUGUACAACGUGUAAGUGAUUAUGGUGUAUUUUUAUGAAAACAUACACAUGAGUAUUGGAAAAAAAUUGGUGCAAGUUUUGCCUGUUUUUUUUUAUUUUGUGCUUUGCUAGUUUUUAUAUGUUUGAGCAUGAACAGAGUAUAUAUUAAUAAUCAUAUAUUUUAUGACAUGUACAGGGUGGGUUUUUUUCAAUGUUGUUUUAACAAAGGUUGGUGAUGUUUCAAACAAAUCAUGGCUUGAUAAGAAAAUGUAAUCAUGCAAUGCAGUAUAAUGUAUGAAAAUUGUGACAUUUGAAAGUACAUGUACUUACAUGUUCAUUAAUGGAAAAUUUAUCUAGUUAUAUUUUUUGUUUAUGAUAUAAAAUUGCAAAGAAGCAUUAAACAAGAUUAUAUAAUUAUAUCAGCCAUGUAUAAUUCAUUAGUAAACAUCUUUGUAGUUCCAAUGCAAUGAAAUGCAUUUUCAACUGAGGUACAUAAAAUAAUGUUUCGAGUAUAAUUUGAUUAUUAUUGUUUCUUAAUAAAUUGUAUUUUUAAAUACCAA